CAUUAUCCGGCCACCACAUGUGCAACACGUAUCCUCCUUUUCUUUGUUUUCCACGCAUUCCUGCUCUCAUCCCUUUCUCUCCUUUUCGUUCUUGCUCUCGCUCACAGAAACAGAAACAGAAACCUCUCUCUCCUGCUCUCAUCCCGCUGCUAACAGUUGCAACGGCGAUCUUUCUUUUAAUUUUUCCCUAUUUUGUGGACAUCGACGAUACUGUUCCCCAAAAGAUUGUGGUUCACAAGACUAGUCCAAGAGAGAUCCAUUUUAGACGCGUUGGACCACGUCAAAAGAUUUAUUUUGAGUCUGAUGAAAUGCAUGCAUGUAUUGUAACGUGCACUGGUCUAUGCCCUGGGCUUAACACAGUUAUUAGGGAAAUAGUGUGUGGCCUUAAUUACAUGUAUGGCGUUAGCAGGAUCCUUGGGAUAGAGAAUGAAUGCUAAUUGAAAAGCUGGCUUCACUCGAGGCAUCCUAUAGGGACCAUGCUGUUCCCUCCGACGGGACAUUGAAGGUGACUUUAGCAACUGUAAGAUGAGGAACAAUAGCCAUUCUUCAAGUGAAGGGGUCAAACACAUCUUAUGGGGAGCUCUUUAAAGAACGUUUUCAGGAAAACGUUUUCCAUACAGUUCCUCCUAGUGCAGUGGAGAACUUCAGAAAAUUUGUUGAAUCUUACUAGGCUCAAUAUGAGGUA